GCUCGAGUAUAAGUAGUCGGUUCAGAUCUCGGUUCUGUCACCGCCGUCUCUAAGUAUACAUCAGCAUUCUUUUGCGCACCGAUGUGAGAGAUUUGGAUAUUCGCAUUUUUUAUUUUUUGCCUUGCUCCAGUUUUUUGGGAAGGGUGUGUGGAGUUGUGAAUAUUGGGUGGACACACGGUUGCCAUUUGGAUCCCCGUUGCUGCGUUUGUCGAGAGUUGGAAUGCUUGAUGUGUAUAUGCAUCUUUGGCUUUAACUCAGAAGCCUGCAAUCCUCGUAACUGGGGUUUUGGCGUGAGUGUCCAACUUCUAUCUGUAGACGAGGGGCAUUUAUAGUGGUGACAUUGUGUGUCGAAGUUGCUGUGAGAUCUGUGAAGGAGUUUUGUAGGAUUGGUUCACUCUGUUGGGGUAGACUCCCUACCUGUGUACCACAUCAACUAGGGACUUUGUUUGUGUUUUCGUUUGCUGCUCUUAGAGGUAGGUGCCACCUCUGCAUUGUCCUUCGCGAUAUAAGUGGUUUCAACGUUCGAAAGGUUCUUGUGAUUGACCUGGCGUGUUGCAUUGCUCUUGGUCUUUUUCCGUCUUAUAGGAGGGAGUGUCGAGUUGCAUCCAUAGCAUUGAUGCCACAAAGGAAGUUUCUGAGAGCUAAGAUAGGGUUAGUACCUUACAAGGAGCCGCAGAGAAGUGCACAUCUUGAGCAGCAGCAUGGAUUAUUUCUCAAAGUUUCGAGAGAACGUGGUUGAUCGAACAGAGAACAAAAGUGAAAACCCCAUGGAAAAUGGGCAUUCUCCAUUGCAAGAUCCAGUUUCUCAAUCUCCUACUCUGAGUGAGAAAGGUCUUAUUGAAAGUGUAGGAGAAAUACUACAACACUCAGCACACAACAUGAAGGAAGCUGUGAUCGGACGCAUGGAUCGUAGUAGCGACUAUGACGGUGGGUGCUUACCAUUGUCCUUGGCUAUGGAAGAGCCGUUUGGCCAGGGUGAUCCUGUUCUGACUGCCGUUGUCGAAGACGACUUGAGAUCAUCAAUUGUUAACACUGAAAAAGACAGAAAGGAUAGAGUUGAUCGAACCGCGGAGGAGAAUCCUGCAGAGUCUGCCCAUAAUGCCGAUGACGCUGUUUUUAGUCACAGGAUGGAGUUGAACAUAAAACACCUCACAGAACCCUCUGACUUGAUUCAGUACAGAAACAAUGACAGUGACCCUGUUCUGGAGGGUGCGGAGGAUCAUAGAACCAUUAUUAAAGCCGUGGGAGACAUGGUGUUGCAGUCUGUGCAAACUGUGAGGGUGGUUCUUGGCAAUCACAACGAUGUGGUGGAAACCUCUCCUUCAGUCUCAAAUGUGGUUGAGAAGGAUCAGGAAUCUGGUAAUGGCAAUGUGGGUGAUGAUGAGCACGGAAAGAAAAUAGUAAUGGAGAGUGUGAGUGACAUCUUCACCCGUUCUGUAGAGACAGUAAAGGAGGCUGUUCUCAAACACAACACCAUGGAUCAUGAGAAUAUGCAGGAUGUCCGCAUGGUUGUUUUAGAGCAGGAGUCUGCCAGUUCUAAGAAUCUUGAAGAUGAGGAAGGGAAGGGAUUGAUGAAGAGUGUGAAAGAAGCUGCACAAGAAGUAAAGGCGGAAGUAAUGGAAGCCAUGCAAGAAGUGAAAGAUGCAGUCCUUGGCAAUGAGACUCUGUCCAGUGUUUCAGCAGAGUCCAUAACCGAAGAUUCUGGGGAGCGGCCAUCCAUGGAGUUGGUGCAUACAAUUGUCCAUGACUGAGGAUUUGAUUUUCAAUGUGUGCAUAACAAGUAUGAAGAUCGAAGCGGCUAUUCAGGAAUGUCUUAUCUAUUGGUGUAUAUAUGUGCAUAUUUUAUUUUACACUAGAGAAAGCAUCACACAGGAUGUUCUUUAAUGUCUGCAUCACGAAGAAGUUUUGAGUAGGUUAUUUCGUGGUGACACUAGCGAUAUAAUUGAAGAUUGAAAAACUCGUCAAGGUUCAUCUCUGAAGAUGCUAGGUACAUAAAGUUAUUCAACGAGGUUGUAACGAUAAUUUCAAAUGGGGAGAAAAUAUUUUUCACACCAGUAAUGAAAAAAAUCCAAAAUUUCUUAGAGCGAUACUCUACGUAUUGUUCUGCACAA